UGCACUUUAUAUAAAGCAACCAAGUCAGUGCACAUCAUUCAGCAACGAUUCCAGCAGCAGAAAACAAGAAGAACUCGAACCAACUCUCAACAAUCUCUCAAGAACUCUCAAUAAUCAGAAAUGGCGGACAAACCAACUACAGCUGGACCCUGCAAGUGCAGCAACUGUAACUGUGGCCCUGACUGUCAGUGUGGUGACAAGUGUACUGGUGGAGAGAGUGGCUGUUGCCUCUGUGUGUGUAAGGGAUGUGCUGGUGCAGACUGCAAGUGUGGACCCAACUGCAAAUGCCCCAAGAAAGGCAUUGAUUGCUGUGUAGCUGGACCUUGCAAACGCGCUGACUGCAAGUGCCCUGACUGCCAGUGUGGAGACAAGUGUGAUGGAAAUUGCUGCCCUUGUGUGUGUAAGGGAUGUGCUGGUGCAGACUGCAAGUGUGGACCCAACUGCAAAUGCCCCAAGAAAGGUAUCGAUUGCUGUGUAGCUGGACCUUGCAAACGCGCUGACUGCAAGUGCCCUGACUGCCAGUGUGGAGACAAGUGUGAUGGAAAUUGCUGCCCUUGUGUGUGUAAGGGAUGUGCUGGUGCAGACUGCAAGUGUGGACCCAACUGCAAAUGCCCCAAGAAAGGUAUCGAUUGCUGUGUAGCUGGACCUUGCAAACGCGCUGACUGCAAGUGCCCUGACUGCCAGUGUGGAGACAAGUGUGAUGGAAAUUGUUGCCCUUGUGUGUGUAAGGGAUGUGCUGGUGCAGACUGCAAGUGUGGACCCAACUGCAAAUGCCCCAAGAAAGGCAUUGAUUGCUGUGUAGCUGGACCUUGCAAACGUACUGACUGCAAGUGCCCUGACUGCCAGUGUGGAGACAAGUGUGAUGGAAAUUGCUGUCCUUGUGUGUGUAAGGGGUGUGCUGGUGCAGACUGCAAGUGUGGACCUGACUGCAAAUGCCCCAAGAAAGGCAUUGAUUGCUGCGUCCCAAAAUGAACUUAACUAUAACCGGACUGCUUUGACUAUAGUAUAGUGAUCACUAUUUAGAAUCUGAGCUUAUUGUUUGCUUGUCAGUACAGUUAAGUUACAAUGCAAUUCAACGAUGACAUAA